ACCACUUAUAACGCGGUCAUCAAGUAUAAAAAGAUGUAAAAAUGUAUACUUUAUGUCUAACAGUCCAAUUGUCUUCAUUUCUGUGGACUAUAAAUUUUAUAUUAAAAUAUAGGAUAUAAGUGUAUUCUGUAUAUUGCAUAAAAAUGGAAGUGGUAAAUGAGUGUUCGGCUUUUCUUAGCAAUUAUGAGGUGUUAGAUAUUCUUCAAAACAUCAAGUCAAAAAAUAAACCUAAGGGACAAAAUCAACUGGCAACUAUAACUUAUCAAACAAUUAGGUAUCUAGAAGACACACCAUGUAAAAGGCACACGCCGGAAAAGAUCAAGGCAUUUUUAACUGCUUUGGGACCUUUUAAACUUACAAAAUGUGAAAAACUCACACUACUUAAUCAAUGCCCGACAAAAGAUGUCGACAUACAGUUGAUUGUUGAAGACAGCGAAGAUAGGUUAACUGUUGAACAAGUCAAUGAAUUACUUCAAAUAGUUGACAAACAUUUGGGUGAAGAUAAGAUACAAGAAGAAGAAGAGGAAGAAGACGAAGCAGAGGAACAGGCUGUGGAAUAA